AUGAAAUUUCUUCAAAAAUCAUCAAAAAUCUUUAAAAAAUGAGACGUUCUAAAGCACCGUCAUCCUCCCAAAACCCCGGAAUCUUCAGUAUUUUACAAAGUUCAGAAAAUCAUGUUAAGGAACUCGAACGAAUUGGAGCCACAAAACCCUCUAACAGACCAGAGCCUUUUCCCGUAAGCUUCAAAAAAUUCUCAGUUGUCUUUGGAAAGUCUUCAACGAAGAAACACAAGACAUUUUCGGAAGAUGGAAUGAUCGAAGUCAAUCAAAACGGGACAAUUGUACUGAAAAACGACAAAGGACGUUUUAUUUCGAGUGACAGCAAAGGAAAAAUCAUUGAAGAGGGAUCUGUGAUAACAAUCGGAGGCUAUGACGUUCAAAUUGGCGACGAAAUUAACGAAGUUUCUAAGAAAAUUUCGACUAAACCUGUGAAAAAAAUUGGAAAUCAUUCAUUUCAAAGUCCGUUAUUAACGAAUUUUCAUGAAAAACACGAAAAAGAAGAAGAAAAAGUCGAAAAAAGAGUUUAUACUGUGAUCUAUGGACCUGUUUCAACCAAAAAACACAAGACCUUUGACGAUGAUGGAACGUUAGAAGUCGAAGGAAAAGUCGCGCGUUUGAAAGACAUUCGAGGAAGGCUCGUCGCUACAUAUCACAAACUCAAAUCCGAAGAAAUCCAGGACGGAGAUCGAUUAAUUAUCGAAGGAAAAGAGGUUGAAAUCGUUGAAUUAUUAAAUUCUGAAGCAAAUUCCAGCGUUAAAAGAAGCAAUAAUGACGUAAAUCAAAAAAUUGUCAAAAAAAUGAAGACUUUUGUCUCUCCUGUGAUGACUUACGUUGAAACCGAAUCAAAUUCUGAACCUCAAGACCAAGAAAUUACUUCGGGAUAUUAUUACGGAGAGCCAUCACAGCCUUGUGAAGUGCCUUUUAGUCAACCAAUGGACAUCAAAACUUCAUUUCAACCGAAUUUUACUCAGUCACAAGCCAUAGAAACUGAAAAUGAUGAAAUUUUUGAGCCAGAAACUGCUGCUCCUGAGUGCCCCAACGUUUUUGAUGACUCUUCGAAUGAUUCAGAAAGAACAAUUUCAAUUUAUUCCGAUGAACUUUUAAUGCCAAACCCUCCAAAUGAUCUCAUUUUUCGAAAUAAGUUGAAUAUUUCUCUCAUACAACCCGUUAAAGUGCCUGCUUUUUUGGCUUCCCAACUGCGCGAACAUCAAAAAGUAGGAAUUCGCUUCCUGUACGAGUGUGUGAUGGGAUUUCACAGCAUCAACGGCAUCCCCAUCGAAGGUGCCAUCCUCGCCGACGAAAUGGGCUUGGGAAAAACCAUUCAAACGAUCGCUUUGAUCUACAUGCUGCUCAAACAAAACCCCUUCAACAAAUUAGUCCCGAUCGCCAGACGAGUUUUGAUCGUCACAAACAGCAGUUUGGUCGAAAAUUGGAAGCAAGAAAUCUUCAAAUGGCUCGAACACCAAAGAAUUUACUCGUUCGAGGUCUCAGCGAAGAACAAACCGUCAAAAUUCGCAAAUGCAACGCAAAUCCCGAUCAUGAUAAUUUCAUACGAAUCGCUGGCGAAGCACAUUGACGACAUAAAAAACAUCAAUUUCGACGUUGUCGUUUGCGACGAAGGGCAUAAGAUGAAAAAUGUCAAUACGAAUGUCGCAUCGAGGCUUAAUGAGUUGCCUUGUAAGCGUCGAAUCAUCUUAACGGGGACCCCAAUUCAAAAUAACUUGGAAGAACUUCAUGCUUUGGUGGAUUUCGUGAAUCCCGGAGUGCUCGGAAACUAUUCCGAGUUCAAAGUUCGUUACGAAAAUCCGAUUGUGCAAAGUCAAAAUCCCUCAGUGUUGCCACAAUUUAAGGAAUUGGGAAUUUUGAGACAAAAAGAACUCUCGGAAAUUCUGAAAAAGUUCAUUUUGCGACGAACUCAAGACGUUUUGCAAAAAUUUCUGCCGCAAAAGCAGGAAAUUGUCGUUGUUUGUGCCGCAUCUGACGUUCAACGCGCUUUAUACACGAAAUUAUUGACGUACUAUCACGAGCAAAAGGAAAAUUUGGAAAAAACAGUGUCGCCGUUGCAAUUAAUCACGAUGCUCAAGAAAAUUUGUAAUCAACCAUCGUUGUUGCUGAGUGACAAAUCGCCUGAAUUUGCGUUUUUACGCAAAAAAAUCCCAUCGAUCUCGCAAAGUUCCAUUUAUGACUCGUCCAAACUCGAAAUUGUGCAUUUUCUGUUGGAAGCUUUGAAAGAAACCGACGAACGAGUCGUUCUCGUGUCAAAUUACAACAAAACUUUGGACAUUUUGGAGGCAAUGUGUCGUGAUUUCAGCUUCAAUUACGUUCGUUUAGACGGAACAACAGCAAUUUCGGAUCGCGCGAAGGCUGUAAAGUCCCUAAAUGACCCUUCGUCGAACACUUUUGUCUUUUUACUGUCUGCCAAAGCGGGAGGCACGGGAUUAAAUCUCAUCGGAGCAAGUAGAUUGGUGUUGUACGACAACGAUUGGAAUCCCGCGACAGAUUCACAGGCUUUGGCACGCAUUUGGCGCGACGGACAAACCCGAAAAGUAUAUAUUUAUCGACUUGUGACGGCAAAUACGAUCGAGGAGAAGAUUUUUCAGCGUCAAAUGACGAAAACAUCACUUGGGGGAUGCGUCAUGGACCAUAAUGUCAAUCAAAAAUCCUUGAAAUUCACAGAUGAAGAGCUCAAAGCACUUUUUGCAGUACCUGAGGACUAUGAAACUUGCAGCACGCAUGAAAUGCUGAAAUGUAAAUGUGCUGGAUUGGGCGAUGUACCUGAAGAAUCUUCGCAGGAGUCGAUGGAAAUGCUUUUGGAUAGCGAAUCAAACGACGGAUCAGAGGCUUCGUUCAAAAUUAGGCCAAAAAAUCGCGCAAAACCGAAAAAUCCAGGGGUAAAUUCGUUGCAAAUGCAUGAAUUAAUGAAAUAUGAACAUCAUAUGGCGCCCGUUGAAGAGGAUUUGUUGGAGGAAUUGUGCUUAAAGGACGCCAUCGACAUCAUUAAGUUCAUUUUCCGGAACGUAACGGAAAGUAAGGUCACUAUUUAGUAAUAAAUAUUUAUUUUUUUGGUAA